GCGGCGCCUCGGGGCCGGUGAAUCAUCCCGGCAGACACCGAGAGCCGCGGCAGCAGAGAGCAGCGCUGAAACAUGGCUGAAGCGGCCACGGGCUUUCUGGAGCAGCUCAAGUCCUGCAUAGUCUGGUCUUGGACUUAUCUCUGGACCGUGUGGUUCUUCAUCGUGCUCUUCCUGGUCUAUAUCCUGCGGGUGCCCUUGAAAAUCAACGACAAUUUGAGCACAGUGAGCAUGUUUUUGAACACAUUAACACCGAAGUUCUACGUGGCCCUGACAGGCACGUCCUCACUAAUAUCAGGGCUUAUUUUGAUAUUUGAAUGGUGGUAUUUUCGCAAGUAUGGAACAUCAUUCAUUGAACAAGUCUCAGUAAGCCACUUGCGCCCCCUUCUGGGAGGGGUUGACAACAACUCCUCCAACAAUUCUAACUCCAGUAAUGGGGAUUCAGAUUCCAACAGGCAAAGUGUCUCAGAAUGCAAAGUAUGGCGAAAUCCACUAAAUUUAUUUAGGGGUGCUGAAUAUAAUCGAUACACGUGGGUGACAGGACGAGAACCUCUGACCUACUAUGACAUGAAUCUUUCUGCCCAGGACCACCAGACAUUCUUUACCUGUGACUCGGACCAUCUACGUCCUGCAGAUGCAAUAAUGCAGAAAGCCUGGAGAGAAAGAAACCCUCAAGCUAGGAUUUCUGCAGCACAUGAAGCCUUGGAGAUAAAUGAAAUUAGGUCCAGAGUUGAAGUUCCCCUAAUUGCUUCCUCUACCAUCUGGGAGAUAAAAUUGUUACCAAAGUGUGCAACUGCUUAUAUUCUUUUGGCUGAAGAGGAAGCAACAACCAUUGCUGAAGCAGAAAAACUGUUUAAGCAGGCCCUGAAGGCUGGAGACGGCUGUUACCGGCGUUCUCAACAGCUACAGCAUCAUGGAUCUCAGUAUGAAGCCCAACAUAGACGAGACACCAAUGUCUUGGUCUACAUCAAAAGAAGGCUAGCAAUGUGUGCCAGAAGACUCGGGAGGACCAGGGAAGCAGUGAAAAUGAUGAGAGAUUUGAUGAAGGAAUUCCCUCUACUGAGCAUGUUCAACAUCCAUGAAAACCUUUUAGAAGCACUUCUGGAACUACAAGCGUAUGCUGAUGUCCAGGCAGUCUUAGCAAAGUAUGAUGAUAUAAGCUUACCAAAGUCGGCAACAAUAUGCUACACAGCUGCCUUGCUCAAAGCAAGAGCUGUCUCUGACAAAUUCUCUCCCGAGGCUGCCUCGCGGCGGGGCCUGAGCACGGCCGAGAUGAACGCAGUAGAGGCCAUUCACAGAGCUGUGGAGUUCAACCCUCACGUGCCAAAGUACCUACUAGAAAUGAAAAGCUUAAUCCUACCCCCAGAACAUAUCCUGAAGAGAGGAGACAGUGAAGCAAUAGCAUAUGCAUUCUUUCAUCUUGCCCACUGGAAGAGGGUGGAAGGGGCUUUGAAUCUUUUGCAUUGUACGUGGGAAGGCACUUUUCGGAUGAUCCCUUAUCCCUUGGAAAAGGGGCACCUAUUUUAUCCUUACCCUAUCUGUACAGAAACAGCAGACCGGGAGCUGCUCCCAUCUUUCCAUGAAGUCUCAGUUUACCCAAAGAAGGAGCUUCCCUUCUUCAUUCUCUUUACUGCUGGAUUGUGUUCCUUCACAGCCAUGCUGGCUCUCCUGACACAUCAGUUCCCGGAACUUAUGGGAGUCUUCGCAAAGGCUAUGAUUGACAUUUUCUGCUCGGCAGAGUUCAGGGACUGGAAUUGCGAGAGUAUUUUCAUGCGUGUUGAAGAUGAACUGGAAAUUCCGCCGGCUCCUCAAUCUCAACAUUUCCAAAAGUGAACUCAUCACCCUUCUCCCCCCACCACCAAAACAGUUCCUCCUCCCGUAUUCCUGACCUCUACCAGUGGGCCUGCCAUCCAGCCAAUUACUCAAGCCAGCAACUCGGCAGGCCUCCCAAAUUCUGCCCUCCCUCAAUCCCUGCAUCCCAUCGCUCUCGGCCUUCCCAGCUGUCAGUUCUAACCUCCUAAGCAACUAGGCAUCCGACGAGUGUGAUUUACCUCUUCCUUUUCUCCUCCUUGCCCCACUGCAUCUCGUUCAGGCUAGGUCCUUGUUACUUCUUGCCUGGACUCCCCCAAUGGUCUUAACUGAUCUCCCUGCUUCUAGACUUAUUCUUUGCAGGUCUUUCUUCCAUACUGACAGAAGAAUGAUCUUCCUAAAUUGAAAAUCUGAGCAUGUCACUUCGCUGCUUGAAUUUCUCCAACGGUUUCCCACCCAUUUCAGGAUCAAGUCCCAGAUCUUUCGCAUGGCCUCCAAGGCCCUUUAUCAUCUGGCCCUUGCUUGCCUCUUCAGCCUCUUCUCUCCCAACUCUUGCACUGACACUGCUCUUCGACCAUAUGAAUUACUCACCAUCCUCAGAUGCACCAGGAGCUUGCACAGCUCGGUGCCUUUGCACGUGCUAUUUGCAUAGAAUGCUCUUCAUUGUCACCACCCCAUCUCAUCCACUCUACUAACACCUCUUCAUUCUUUCAUACUCAGCUUUCUUUAAAUGUCUCCUGAGCUGAGUCAGGUGUCCCUGUGUGAUCCCACAGUAUUCCAUGGAUACGUAUAUUAUCACAUUUAUUAUACUAUGUAUUAUAAUUGUUGAAAACUUGUGUGUCCAUCUAUAGAAUGUGAGCUCCUUGAGAGCAGAACUGUGUCUUCCUCAUCUCUGUAUCCCCAAAGCUUUGCACAGUGCCUUGCACAUAGAUUUUUAAUAAAUGAUGAUUCAAUAAAUGAACGGUAGUGGUCUCUGCAGAAAGAAUCAAUGUCAAGAUCAGAUAAGGUUCACCAUUCCUUCUCUUCUUUUGUGCUUAGAGUCAUGGACUCUUAGAGUUGAAAGGACCUUAAAUUGCCUUCAACAGUAAUGUCCAGUGGAGGCCUUCUAGACCCAUCUUGAAUACUUGCAGUGAUGGGGAGCUCACUGACUUAACAGCAAAGCCCAUUUCGUUGUUGAAUUACUUGGAAUUCUUCAUGAUACUACUAAAAUCUGCCUCUCUUACAUUUCUACAUAUUAUUUCUAUUCUGCCAAAAAAUUCAACUUUCUCUUUGAAGUUCUUAAGACAGCUCAUCUAUUCACAGCCCCCUUCUCUUUUGUCCAGGCUGAAUAUUUUAAAUUUCCCUAAGUCUUCUGUAUGUGGUGGAUUUCUAACCUCAGUAUCACCCAGAUUGCCACCUUGGAUGUUGCUUAGUUAAUGGGUCUGCACUGUUUGUUAUUGUCGUCUACUGUCUUACCGAUCUCUGAGUAAAAAUAGUUGCCAAAAUUCUGAAGUUAAAGUGUAAGUUUAGUGGAAUGUGAAUACGAAUAUAUGUACGUUAGACAGUUACUGUUCCACCUUGUUUCUCCCUUACACAUGUUUUAGAGCAUAUUUGAAUAAGAAUGCCUUUGGUUCCACAGUGGUGUAGUACUUGGGAGUUUCGGUUAAGUACACAGCCUCCAGUGUGCAUAGAUUUCACCUGACCAUGCCACCAGAAAAUAAGAAUCUUGGGUGUUAAUCCCUAGGAAGCUGUAUUUCUAACCAGGCCCAGGGGAUUCUGAGGACGGAGGUUGGUGAUUGGUCUCAACAAUGCCGAACCUUUGAGCAACCGUUGGCAGCCGUGCGGUGUGCUGGCAGAGCUGCUCGGGGAAAGCGUCACGGGACACAGUGGUUUCAGUCUGGCUGUACCUUGGAGCCACUGAGGGCACUUCACAGUGACUGAUACCUGCUCCCACUUCAGACUUGAUUGGCCAGGGCACAGCCUGGGCACCUAAGUUGUCAGAGGCUCGGCAGUGACUCCGAUUGUGUGACCAGGGCUGAGAACCAGCACCCUGAAUGAAAUCACUGAUCGCUGGGGACUUUAAGCAGCAAGAGCACCAGGAGGGGAAGGAGGUCGGGGUAGGGCAGCUGGUGAGUAGAAAACUUCGUGGGUGUGCAGCCCUCUCUCCAGAGUCCUGGAUAGGCACGUUUGUAAUGGAGGUUAAACGAGAGGCCACUCUCCUCGUUUACUAUUUCCAAGCCUUUGGUUUUUCACUCCAGGAGCAAAUGCUUUUAUGAAACAUACGUUUGCCGUUAGGGUCUGCAUGUUUCUGUGUGGGGUAGGUUGAUCAGUUGUCCGAAUUUUCAAAGGUCAUUUAAGUAGGCUUGUUCUGGAACCUCUGUUUGGAGCCCCACAUUCAUCUCUUAGGGUCUAGCAGUCUCCAACAGGUCUGGUGAGACUUGGUGGGGAAGGAAGAUGGAUGGCCUGAGAGGGACGAGCCACACCCCGGCCCCGCCCCCAGCAUCUUCUCGGCAUGCUCCUCCCUGUCACUGCAUCAGGCCCAUCCUGAAGCCCCCACCCUGCACCCCACGGGUUAUCACAGCUGCCCUAAAGGCCAUUUGCAGCUUGUGAAAAUGAUUUUCUCAGCCUUCUCCCGAGAUAAUGUCCCUGGGAUAAUGACUUGGAGUAGACACAGGGAGAUUGCACUGCCACCCGCCAGGCUGAGCAGCUUGGGAACUCUGCAGCGUGUUUACACGUUGGUCUGCAGCCAGCAAGGAAGCUGACAGUGACGGGAGAGCCACUGGAAAACAGUCAAAGGAGAGGUUUCGACGGCCGCCCCGCCCCGCCCCCACAUGAUCAACUUCAAUGACUUAGGGAACUCUUCCUUGAAUGUUUAGGUACCUAGAUAAGGCUGCUCAUAUAAAUAAGUUACGCCCAACUCACCCCUCACAGAAUGCAGGAAGGUCCCCAGUCUGACCUUCUGCUCUCAAGGGCCCCGUCCUUCUCCCUCUGGUCUCUCUCCUUCCCGGAGACUGAGCCCCCUGACUUCUGACUCUCAUCUUCACUUAUAGGCCCUGACUUCUUUGAAGUCUGAUAUUGAUUACAGUGAAAUGUCAAUUGUCUGAUGGCACCAGGGCACCUGGAACGUAUACAGAUAAGCAGAGGCAUUCCGGACAUGCAUGCAGCCUGUUGGGAGCCCUGACCUCCUUCUAAGUGAUGGUGUUUCAGGAAGAGGAGGAUCAGGCGAUUGAAGUGUCACUCUCUUUUUUAUUAGCUGAGUUGCUUUUUCUCACCACACGACAUUGAUUGAAUUAUGGGGCGCUUUGGUUAGAGAUUUGACCAUGUAUCUCUGCCCUCUGAACAGAAGUUUUCGACAUUGAGAUAGAUGGGCUGUUUCAGGGUUGCCUGGUGUUGCUCAUUCAGACUUAACUUUCCAGGCAAUAAAUUUCUCCCCAAGUCCAGAAGUGUAAGUGCCGUUUCUCUGUGUGUAUUGGUUGGGUCUCAGGCAAAGUUGUAAUGACUAAUUUUCAAAUGUGUGACAAAGUACAACUAAGCAUAGCAAACAAGGCAUGCUCCUUCAAACUUUUAAAAAUACUACCAGAUGAAGGCCGUGGAUGUUUAUCCGGUUACCAAAUGUAAGUGUUGAGGAGCUUCAGAUGCCCUACUACCUUGUGUGCUUCCUCCUCGUGGUGUGGGAUGGAGAGGAAGACGGGGCUAGGAAAAAGGCGGAUUAUUUGCAAGACAGUAAAUUAGGCUCUCUAGGAUAGAGUUCAAAAGAGUCUUGCUCAAUUCCCCCAAAGAAUGGAGCAUUCCAGAUGUGAAGGAGAGACAUAAUGCAUCCCAUGCAUUUUAGACAUUGGGACUUAAUUCUCUUGUGAAACCUUGUUGAGAAUAGCAAGUGUCAUAUAGGACAGAACAGUCCGUUGCGUCUUACUGUGCAGCGUGGGAAGAGCUGGAAGUUAUGGAUGUCAAAGAGAGUGGAGCAUUCCUCUAGAUUUUUUAAUUCAAGUUAAGUCAGUGCCCCAAACAAAGCAAAUAAAGAAAAAAAUGCCUUUAUCUUGAACUAACCCUGUAACAUCUUCCCAUUCAUUCUGCACCUGAGGUUGAGGCUCCUGAUGUCCCCACAUUCUAGUGUGUGAUGACUUUGAGGGACACCUGUCCUCUGACUGCACUGGCUCAUGCCUCAUACUCAGCAGUUUCUUCCCCACUCUGUCACAAAUUCAGCAGCUCUGAAUCUGUUUUUGGUUAAGUCUUUAGGAUACGAUAACUUCACCAGCAGUAUCUCCUUGUUUAUUGAGCCCCAUCUUCUAACACCUGUUGGAAUCUCUGGCUUAUCCAGACCACUUAAGCACUUAUCUCCUCUUAAUAGCAUUGAGUAUUAUGGGCAAAUGCUGUAGUUUAUUGAGCCUUGUCAUUUUCUAAUUAUAUGUGUGUGUAUGUGUUUGAAAGGGACAUGUAAUACAACACAUCCAUAACUAUGUAUAUACACAAGGGAUAAAAGUUCAUGGGAAAUGGAAUUAAAAGAUAGCUUUAUUUUGCUGUAAAAAAAUUAAAAUCUAUGUGUA